CGGCGUCUGGGGCGCAGAGGCCUGGGCGCCGCGGCUCUUUUGUUUCCCCGCCAGGGCCUGAGCCUGGGCUGGAGUCGUAGUCCCGGCCCGAGUUGGAGCCUGAAGCGCAGCCCGAGUCGGAGCCGGGUUCGGGCUCGGGUCCGCGUCCGCAGCGCCGCGCCGAGCCCUCGGAGGGAGCGCCCUCGCGGCUGCGCCGGCCCGCGGGGCUGGGACCCGGCCCCGGCCUGCCCGAUGCGGCGCGCGGCCGCGGCGAUGAGCCCGGCCCCGCGCCCGGCCCCGCGCCCCCGGCCCCGCGCCGCCGGCCCGCCGGCCCCGGCCCGAGCCUCCGCCUGAGCCCCGCGCGCCCCGGCCCGCGCGCCCGGCCUGCGCGCGCCAUGGAGCCCGGCCGCGGCGGCACCGAGGUCGUGGGCAAGUUCGAGUUCUCCCGCAAGGACCUGAUCGGCCACGGCGCCUUCGCGGUGGUGUUCAAGGGCCGCCACCGGGAGAAGCACGACCUCGAGGUCGCGGUCAAGUGCAUUAACAAGAAAAACCUUGCCAAGUCCCAGACACUGCUGGGGAAGGAAAUCAAAAUACUGAAGGAACUGAAACAUGAAAACAUUGUGGCGUUGUAUGACUUCCAGGAAAUGGCUAAUUCUGUCUACCUGGUCAUGGAGUACUGCAACGGCGGGGACCUUGCUGACUACCUGCACACCAUGCGCACGCUGAGUGAAGACACCAUCAGGUUGUUCCUGCAGCAGAUCGCAGGUGCCAUGCGGCUGCUACACAGCAAGGGCAUCAUCCACCGGGACCUCAAACCCCAGAACAUCCUGCUGUCUAACCCUGGGGGGCGCCGGGCCAGCCCCAACAACAUCCGCGUCAAGAUCGCUGACUUCGGGUUUGCACGCUACCUCCAGAGCAACAUGAUGGCGGCCACGCUCUGCGGCUCCCCCAUGUACAUGGCCCCUGAGGUCAUCAUGUCCCAGCACUAUGAUGGGAAGGCAGACCUAUGGAGCAUCGGCACCAUUGUGUACCAGUGCCUGACGGGGAAAGCACCCUUCCAGGCCAGCAGCCCUCAGGACCUCCGCCUGUUCUACGAGAAGAACAAGACGCUGGUCCCCACCAUUCCCCGUGAGACCUCCGCCCCACUCCGGCAGCUGCUCCUGGCCCUGCUACAGCGCAACCACAGAGAGCGCAUGGGCUUUGAUGAGUUUUUUCACCACCCUUUCCUUGACGCCAGCGCCUCCAUCAAGAAGUCCCCGCCUGUGCCCGUACCCUCAUACCCAAGCUCGGGCUCUGGCAGCAGCUCCAGUAGCAGCUCCACCUCCCAUCUGGCUUCCCCCCCGUCCCUGGGGGAGAUGCCCCAGUUGCAGAAGACGCUCACUUCCCCGGCUGCAGCCGCUGGCUUCCUGCACGGCUCACGCGACUCUGGCGGCAGCAGCAAAGACUCCUGUGACACAGAUGACUUUGUUAUGGUCCCCGCCCAGUUUCCAGGUGACCUUGCAGCUGAGACAGUUGGUGCCAAGCCCCUGCCGGACAGCCUGCUGUGCAGUGGGAGCUCACUGGUGGCCUCUGCUGGCCUGGACAGCCAUGGUCGGACGCCCUCUCCAUCCCCUCCUUGCAGCAACACCCCUAGCCCCUCAGGCCGGGCUGGCCCGUUCUCCAGCAGCAGAUACGGUGCCUCUGUCCCCAUCCCAGUCCCAACUCAGGUGCACAACUACCAGCGCAUCGAGCAGAACCUGCAGUCGCCCACCCAGCACCAGAUGCCCCGGUCAUCCACCAGGUCACCUGCCAGUCGCCGGUCAGGCAGCACCAGCCCCCUGGGCUUGGCCCGGGCCAGCCCCUCGCCCCCAGCCCAUGCCGAUGCAGCCCUCCUGCCCAGGAAGUUGUCCCUGGGUGGGGGCCGGCCCUACACACCAUCUCCACAAGCUGGAACCAUCCCUGAGAGACUGGCCUGGAGCAGGGCCCCCUCCCCACAAGCAGCUGAGAUGUGGACUGGCAGGUCCUUGCGUCCAGGCUCCUCCAUGCCCGAGCACUCACCCCGUUCCUCUGGCCUGGGCUGCCGCCUGCACAGUGCCCCCAACCUGUCUGACUUGCACGUCAUCCGCCCCAAGCUGCCCAAGCCGCCGAUGGACCCGCUGGGAGCAGCCUUCAGCCCACCCCAAGCCAGCCCUUCCCCACCAUCCCAUGGGCUACAGUCCUGCCGGACUCUGCGCGGCUCACCCAAGCUGCCAGACUUCCUGCAGCGGAACCCCCUGCCCCCCAUCCUGGGCUCCCCCACCAAGGCCACGCCCUCCUUCAACUUCCCUAAGACCCCCAGCUCCCAGAACCUGCUGACCCUGCUGGCCCGGCAGGGCGUGGUGAUGACACCUCCCCGGAACCGGACAUUGCCCGACCUCUCAGAGGUGGGGCCUUUCCGGGGACAGCAGCUGGGCUCCGGACUGCGACCCAUGGAGGAUGCCAGGGGCCCCGUCGGCCGGUCCUUCAGCACCAGCCGCCUCACUGACCUGCUGCUCAGGGCGGCCUUCGGGACACAGGCCUCAGACUGGGGCAGCACAGACAGCCUGCAGGAGAGGCCCAUGGAGACCGCGCCCUCUGCCGGCUUUGGAGGGAACCUACACCCAGGAGCCCGUGCUGGGGGGGCCAGCAGCCCCGCACCUGUGGUGUUCACGGUGGGAUCCCCACCCAGCGGGACCACACCACCUCAGGGCUCACGCACUGCAGCCUUCUCAGUGGGCUCUGCUGGCUCCUCCACUCGCCACCUUGUGUCCGGGGCCUGCAGUGAGGCUGCGCCUGAGCUGCCCACCGUCGGCCACUGCUGCAGCUUCGCUGACCCCAUCGCUGCCAACUUGGAGGGGGCUGUGACCUUCGAGGCUCCGGACCUCCCCGAGGAGACCCUCAUGGAGCAAGAGCACACGGAGAUCCUGCACAGCCUGCGCUUCACGCUCGUCUUCGUCCAGCACAUCCUUGAGCUCGCCGCCCUGAAGGGCAAUGCCAGCGAGGCAGCCGGAGGCCCCGAGGUCCCGCUGCAGGAGAGUGUGGUGGCCGACCAGAUCAGCCUGCUGAGCCGCGAGUGGGGCUUUGCGGAGCAGCUCGUGUUGUAUCUGAAGGUGGCUGAGCUACUGUCCGCUGGCCUACAGACGGCCAUUGAGCAGAUCCGGGCUGGCAAGCUCUGCCUGUCCUCCACUGUGAAGCAAGUGGUACGCAAGCUGAACACACUCUACAAGGCCAGCGUGGUGUCCUGCCAGGGCCUGCGCCUGCGCCUAGAGCGCUUCUUCCUGGACAAGCAGCGACUGCUGGACCGCGUCCACAGCAUCACCGCCGAAAAGCUAAUUUUCAGCCAUGCUGUACAGAUGGUGCAGGCGACCGCCCUGGAUGAGAUGUUCCAGCAGCAUGAGGGCUGUGUGCCGCGCUAUCACAAGGCCCUGCUGCUUCUGGAAGGGCUGCAGCAGCUGCUCUCGGACCAGGCCGACAUCGAGAACAUCGCCAAGUGCAAACUGUGCAUCGAGCGGAGGCUCUCGGCCCUGCUGACCGGCAUCGGUGCCUGACCUUUUGGACCCCGACUUG